GUGGGAUCGAUAAGCGUGUGAUGAUGGAGAGGAAGAGGACGGACUGUCCUGCUCUGCCGCCCGGCUGGAAGAAAGAAGAAGUGAUCAGGAAGUCCGGACUGAGCGCUGGAAAGAGCGACGUCUACUACUACAGUCCAUCAGGGAAGAAGUUCAGGAGUAAGCCUCAGUUGUCCCGUUACCUUGGAAACACUGUGGAUUUGGGAUGUUUCGACUUCCGAACGGGGAAGAUGAUGCCUGGAAAACUGCAGAAGAACAAACAGAGGCUGCGACAUGACCCGCUCAGCUUGUCCAAGGGAGGUAAACCAGACCUGAACACAGCUCUGCCAAUCAGACAGACGGCAUCCAUCUUUAAACAGCCCGUUACCAAGGUUACGAGUCACCCCGGCAACAAGGUGAAGUCAGACCCUCAGAGAGGGUCCGAGCAGCCUAGACAGCUGUUCUGGGAGAGGAGAUUGAAAGGUCUACGGUCAUCAGACGUCACAGAGGAAGUCCUGCGGACCAUGGACCUGCCCAAAGGACUGCAGAGUGUCGGUCCAGACUCCAGCGACGACACUCUGCUCUCGGCCAUCGCUAGCGCUCUGCAUAUGAGCUCUGCUCCAAUAACGGGACAGACGUCUGUGGCUGCUGAGAAGAACCCAGCCAUCUGGCUGAACACAUCCCAGCCGCUCUGCAAAGCUUUCACCGUCACUGACGAACACAUCCGGGAACAGGAGCUGAAAGUUUACCAGGCCAGGAGGAGUCUAGAGGAGGCACUGAUGGCAGACAGUUUGGCGCGGGCCGCCGAAAACACCCGAGAGCUGCUGGAGGGGAAGACGGCUUAAAGAUGGACAGGUGGGACAGCCUCAGGUUUAUCAUCAUCAUCUUCAUCUAAAUCCAGACAACAAACCAAAAAAGCAAAUGACACAGAGACUGAAGACUAAGUGGGCGAUUGCUUCAACCUUCCUGUUACAGAAACCAUUUUCAGGAUGACAUCACACUGGACAUCUGUCAACAUCUGGAAACUAAAAGUGAUUCCCCACAACAACCACAGAAGCAAUGGCAACAGCAAUAAUGGCAUAAGCAAUGACAAAAACACCAGCAACAUGUACAAUAUGACAACAAACAACUCUUGCAGUAACAUCUGCAAUGACAGACUCUGCAACACAGCAAUAUAACAGCAGCAAUAAGUUGAACACCUUCCAGUUUCUAACAGCAACCAAAGCCUUUAAUCAUCUCUGUGAUCUGUCAUCUGUACAAACUUUACAGCAGGUGCUUAUCUUGUGUCACUUUUCUUUUCAAUAUAAAUGUGAUAAAGGUAAUAAUAAUAAUUUAAAAAACAUACUAAAGAACAAUGCCCUCAUUGAACCCAAAGUCAGGUUGCAAACUGCUGGACGGCUUUUGCUAACUCUACUAACUCUUAAUGAGCUCUUUGACGAUUUUGGUUGUUUGUGGUGUCAAAUUGUCGUCGGUUUUAAAGAAGUCUUCAGGGGUUUUAAUUAAAUAAUGAGAAUUUACAUAAAUAUGAAAUAGAAUAAUUGCUUAUUUAAGACAAAUUUUAUACCUUGAGAGAACAUACGUGUACAUUUCUUGGACUGGAGUAAAUAAAUGAUUAUAUUCACAA